AUGAGCGUUACGCAGCGCUCCGCCCUGCGUGAGUCGCGCAAUACGGGGCUUUCCUCGAGUGAUGCGCCAGUGCCCAAGGGCGCGGCGGGCCGCUCCACGCCGCGCCUCGAGAACAAACUCGCCUCCAAUCCGUUCGUGCAGCAGUCGCUGCAGGAGCGGGAGGCGGCGCGCCAGGCCGGCACGGCGCGGGCCACGGCGGCGGUCGCCGGCCGCGAGAAUGUGCCGGCCAAAACAGAGGGAACGAGCGCGUCAGGAUUUGCGGCGGCGCGGCGCAAGUUUGCUGCGCCAGCCUCACAGGAGUCGUCCGUCAUGAGCCGCAGCAAGACGGCGCGCAAAGUCAGUGAGGCUGCGGGCGUCUUUGGCAGCAGCCGCAUCCGCCUGUCGCGCCAGAGCCUUGCGUCCUUUCCAAGCGUCGACGGCGGCGCCAGCGCGGGCGCCCCGAUGCUGGCCGACGCGCCCGGUCCGAGUGGCCCGCUGACCAAGUGGAUGGAGAAGGAGCGCGAUAAUGUGCAGGCGUACGAGUACCUGUGCCACUGCAGUGAGGCGCAGCAGUGGAUGGAGCGCGUGAUCGGAGAGCCGCUCGGCGGCGACAUUGCGAACAUGGCCGAGGAGAUGCGCAAUGGUAUUGCGCUCGCCAAGCUCGCCAAGACGUUUGAGCCGUCGUGUGUGCCGCGCAUCUUUGUGCACCCCCGACUGCAGUUCCGCCACACGGACAACAUCAACUACUACUUCCAGUUUGUCGACAAGAUCCGCCUGCCGAACUGCUUCCGCUUCGAGCUGACGGACCUGUACGAGAAGAAAAACUUCCCCAAGGUUGUGUACUGUCUCCACGCCCUCAGUCACUUUAUGGCGCACCACGGGCGCUCCGACAAGGUCGACGAUCUCGUCGGCAAGCUCGAGUUCAACGAGGAGCAGCUGCACAAGACGCAAAAGACCAUCGAUGCGUCGGGCCUCUCGAUGCCGAGCUUCGGCGGCGUCGGCCAGGCGCUCGCGCAGGAGAUGGGCGCGGGCGGCGCGCGCCGCGUGCCCAGCGGCGAGCGGCGCAAGCCGCUCGUGCCCCCGCCCAGUACACUGCAGGCGCAGCGCGCGCACCUCAAGCCCGUUGCGCGCGAGCCGGCCAAGCCGGCCGAGCCUACCACCGCCGCAUCGCUGCGCGCGAACCUCAAGCCAGUCGGCAGCGAGCCGACGCUGCGCUCCCCCGACCGCCGCGCGCACGAUGCGCUCGAGCGUGAGCUCACGAAGCAGCGCGCCAAGGAGGACCGCAUUGCGCAGCUCGGCCAGGAGCGCCUCGCCAAGAUGGAGGCGCGCGAGCGCGAGCGUCGCGAGCGAGAUCAGGCGCGCGAACAGGAGCGCCUUUCCCAGCAGCGCGAGCGCCGGCGGCUGCGGGAGGAGCGCGAGGAGCGCAUGCGCGAGCUCGAACAGGAGCGGCUCCGCAAGCGCGCCGACUUUGAGCGCGAGCGCGAGAAGGAGCGCGAGCGUCUGCGGGAAGAGGGCGCUGCCACACUCGCCAAGGACCGCGAGCGCCGCGACCAGCUGUACACGAGCGUCCGUUCCACAACGCAGCGCGAGCUCGCAGCGCAGCGCUCGCAUCUUGAGCAGCUGCAGCGCGAGCGCGAGCGGUUCGAGACGGAGCGCGAACGUGAGCGGCAAACGGCGAUCGAGCGCGUGCAUGCCGCCGAGGAACGUGCUCGUGCCGAGGAGCGCGAGCGCGAAGAAAAGGAGCGGUUCCGCCGCGAGCUCGAGUACGAGCUGGAGCGGAAGCGGCAGAUGGAGGCGUAUGCGGCGGAACUCGCCGCGGCCCAUGCCGAGACGGCCGCAGCCGAGGCACGGCUGCGCGUGCUGACCGAAGAGGCGGCGCGGCGCGACGCGGCAGAGCGGGAGCGCACGGCCUCGCGAAUGGCUACCCCGCUGCAGGCAGUGGUGCGUGGUGUGCUGGCACGCCGCGCAGCAGAAGAGGAGCGCGCGCGGUGUGCAGCGCUGGCGUCCGGGCGCCAGCUCGUGCAAGUCCAAGCGCAAGUGCGGGGCGUGCUGGUCCGCCAGGCGCUCUACGCGCAGCUGAGCCGCAUUGACGAGCACUUUGUCCUCCAGCUGCAGGCGCAGGUGCGGGGCGAGCUCGCGCGGCGGCAACUGUACGGGCGUCUCAUCGCCAUCGACGCGCAGGUCGGCACGAUGGUGCAUGUGCAGGCAGCGGUGCGUGGCGUGCUGGCGCGCCGCGCGCUGCUGCAGCGGAUGGAGGCGGUCGAGCAAGGCUCGUGGCUCGUGGCGCUGCAAGCCGCGGCGCGCGGCGUCCAGGCGCGGCGAGCGUAUGCGCAGAUGCGCAUGGCGUUCCGGCGCGCGGAAGUUGUCACGUCCGUGAGCGGCAUGCAGACGUCGCUGCGCGCCGCGCUCUCGCGACGGAAGCACCAGGAGAUGCGCAAGCAGAUGGAGUAUGUCAAGCCGGACGUCACGGGCCUGCAGGCGCAGAUCCGCGGCGUCCUCGCGCGGCAGGAAUACGACUGGUGGUGGCACCACUUGCACUCGAGUGUGGACGUGGUCGUGUACCUGCAGUCGAUGCUGCGCGGCGUGCUUGCGCGCCGCGUCUUCGACCAUGGCCUGGGCCGCUUUGUGGCGCAGAUUGAAGACGUGGUGCUCGUGCAGAGCCUGGCUCGCUCGAGGCGCGCGUCGAAGCAGUACCAGGCACUGCGCCGCGGCGUCAAUGUCCCCCUCGCGACCGUCCAGGCAUUCUCGCACCUACUCGACGACAGCGGACGCGACUACGACGAAGAGCUCGCCGUGACGCGCCUGCGCACCGACGUCGUGCAGCGGCUUCGCGAGAACGAGGCCGUGGAGACGCACGUGGCGGACCUCGACCGCAAGAUCGCCCUGCUGGUCAAGAACAAGAUCGGCAUUGAGGACGUGCUCAAGGCCAAGACGGAACGCGGCCUGCUCAGUGCCGGGCGCGCUGGCGCAUGGACGCAUGUGCUGGCGCAGGCAGACGACCCCUUCGCCGACACGGUGCUGAGCCCCGCGGCCCAGCAGCGGCUCGAGCAGUACCAGUCGCUGUUCUUUGUGCUGCAGACGCAGCCGACAUACCUGGCGCGCCUACUCGUGCUGACGAAUGCGGCGAUGGUGUCGGAGGAGGAGCGCCGCCAACUCGAGCAGACAGUGCUCGCCAUCUAUGCGUACGCACAGCGGCCACGCGAAGAGUACCUGCUGCUCAAGCUGGUGCGCAGUGCGCUCACGGAGCAGAUGCCGCGCGUCACUGCGCUCGGCACGUACGUGGAAGAGCAGGCGCCUUUCCUGCGCCUGCUGCGCCACUUUACGUGCGGCGUGCGCGAGCGCGACUACCUGUGCCUCCUGCUCGGUCCGGCCGUGCACGGCGUGGCCAGCGAACCGACGCUCGAGCUGGAGGCCGACCCUGUCGCGAUCCAGCGCGCGCUCGCCGCCGCGGCAGGCGCACCUGCGCCGCUCGGCGUCGACGGCGUCGCUGCGCUCGAAGACCCGCCGACGCGUGCGGCCUUCUUGCAGCGCCUGCAGCGCCUGCGCACGACGUGCGAGUCGUUCCUCCAGGUGCUGCGCGGCACGAGCCCGCCGAUGCCGUACGGCCUGCAGUACACACUUCAGCAGCACGAGCAAGCCCUGAAAGCACGCUUCCCGGAGAGCACCUCUGCCGAGCGCCUCCGCACCGUGACGCACCUGCUGUACCGCAGCUACCUGCACCCGGCGAUCGUGGCGCCAGAGUCGUUCGGCAUGUCGGCCGUGCCCGACACGGGGCGCCGCAACCUCGCGCAGGUGAGCGAGGUGCUUGCGCAGGUCGCGCGUGGCGAGCCGUUCGGCGAGGACCGCCUCUACCUGCAGCCGCUCAAUGACUACGUGCUCGACGCCAGUCCGCGCCUGCACCGCUGGGUACAGGCGCAGCUCGACGCGUGUGAAGCGCCUGACCUGCACUUUGGCCUCGACGAGUACAUGGACGUGUGUGCCACCCAGCAGCGGCCGGUGAUUUAUAUCUCGCCGAACGAGGUGUAUGCGGUGCACCAGCUGCUGUGCAACAACGAGGCGUCGCUGGCGACGCCUGGCGACGCGCUGGACACACUCCUGCAUGCGCUCGGCACGCCACCCGUGUCGGCGACCGCCGAGUUGAGUCGCGCGCGCGACAGUGAAGUGACGCUCGAGCUGUCGCCGCGGUUUGUGCGAGACAGGCUGGGCAGCAUGGGCGACGCGGACAUGGUGACGCGUGAGCUGUUUGUGGAGACGAAGCGCCUCGUGCUCGCCCUGCUGCGUGUGCAGACGGCGCCGAACCUCGUGGAGCUGCUCGUCUCGCCCGUCACCGACGCGGACGAGCGCGCCUGGGCGCUGCGCCGCGUGCAGCCGCCGUACGCGGACACGCCAGCUGCAGGUUUCUCGCUCGCGGACAUCAAGGCGCAGGCCCUCGAGCAUGCCCUGCACCUCGAGCAGCUGGGGCGCCUGCACCGCGCGAACCAGUACCAAGACCUGCUGGAUGCGAUCGCAGCGGAUAUCCGCGGCAAGCACCGCCGGCGCGUCGAGCGGCGCUCGCAGCACGAGAUGCUUGCUGGCACGCUGCAGAAGCUCGGCGAGCAGCGGCAGUUUAUGGAGGCGCAGAUCCAGAGCUACGAGGUGUGCAUGGACCGCGGUAUGCAUGCGAUGCAAAACAAGUCGCGGCGCCGCCUCAAAGUGAUGCCGUUCUCGCCGCAGUUUUUCCACCAGCGCAGCCUCAAGGCAGCAGGUGCGCUGCCCGCCUAUGGCUCGUACAAGUACACGGCGUCCCGCCUGCGCGCCAAAGGUGUGCUGGCGCACAUUGAGCGCCCCGAGAACUUGGCCCUAGACCAGCUGGCGUUCACCCUAUCCAGCAACGAGAUCGGCUGCUUCCAGAUCGAGACGACCGUGUCGGGCAUUGUUGCUGGCACCAUGACGGUGAAGAUGGACGAGCUGCUGGAGGCGCAGUACAAAAAGCAGCCGUACCUGAGCGCCCUCGACGGUGCCCUCCAGUUCCACCUCGAUCCCCUCAUCCGCCUCAUUAAUAAGAAGUUCUAUGUGUAG